AUGCCUGUAAAGAAGGAGAAAGAGCCCAUGUCGGCGUUUGAGCAGCGCCGACUGCAAAAUAUUGCGGCAAAUAAUGAGAUCCUCAGAGACCUUUCAAACACGGCAUCUAAAAUCGCGAAGCCAGCUGCUCCGAAGCCCCAGCCUCGCCCACGGCCUAAGAGGCAGCCGGUCGAGAAGAGGGAGCAGCCCAAGAGGGAGAAGGCCGUGGCGACGCGCACAAGCUCACGGCUGAAGGGCGAAACACCCAAACGCGAAGCUGACGAUUCGGUACCUGCCUCGCUUCUCCCUCCGGACAGGCCGGCAAAGAAAGCCAGGGUCAACGAAGACUUGAAUCUUGGUGAUAUCCUGGUCGAGGGCCGCAAGUUCACGAACGGGGUCGAUGCAGUCACAGGUCUCAUUUCUCUGCCCCGGCUGGGCGCGGAACCUGGAGUACGAACAUUUGACGAGGAGGACAUAAAGGAGACCACCGAUGAAGACUUGCGAAAUUUGAGGGAAAAGAUGAACAGUCUCGAACUCUAUGACAAGUGGGCAGUUAAUGACAUCAAAAUUGUACCUCAGCGUAUAUACUCGAUGGGCUUCCACCCAACAGAGGAAAAGCCGCUCAUCUUUGCAGGAGACAAAGAAGGAGCCAUGGGCAUUUUUGACGCCUCACAAGAUGUCCCUGAGGUCGAUGACGACGACGAAGACGCCGACAUUCCGGAUCCAGUGAUUGCAGCGUUCAAGACACAUACAAGAACCAUUUCGUCAUUUCACUUCCCACUGACAGACCUGAAAUCAGUUUACACGGCUUCAUACGACUCGUCAAUCAGGAAGCUGGACCUUGGGGCUGGGGCUCCGGUCUCUGUGCAAAUCUUUGCGCCCGGCGAUGACGAUGACCUCCCUAUCAGCGCAAUCGACAUGGCGCCGAACGACGCCAGCACUAUUGUUUUCUCAACACUUUCAGGGUCUGUCGGUCGAUACGACAUCCGGACCAAGGACGACGUAGAGAUUUGGGAGCUCAGCGACGCCAAAAUCGGGGGCUUUGCGCUACAUCCUCACGCUCCACACCUGUUUGCAACAGCCUCGCUUGAUCGCACCAUGAAGAUAUGGGAUAUGCGAAAGAUCUCAGGCAAGGGCGACAUGCGGCAUCCAGCUUUGAUUGAGGAGCACGUGUCGAGGCUGUCAGUUUCACAUGCAUCUUGGAGUUCCGGCGGUCACAUCGCUACUAGCUCUUACGACGACACCAUCAAAAUUUACGACUUCAGUGAUGCCACCUCGUGGAAGGUCGGGCACAAGAUCUCUGAGAAGGAUAUGAAGCCGUCGAGCAUCGUGAAACAUAACAACCAGACAGGAAGAUGGGUCACGAUCCUGAAACCACAAUGGCAGCGACGACCAACAGAUGGCAUUCAGAAGUUUGCGAUCGGAAACAUGAACAGGUUUGUGGAUGUCUACGAUGCCAAUGGCGAGCAGCUGGCCCAACUGGAUGGUGACGGCAUUACCGCUGUGCCGGCCGUUGCGCAUCUGCAUCCGUCGCAGAACUGGGUUGUUGGUGGUACAGCCUCGGGCAAGGUGUGCUUGUGGAUUCCAGAGGCUGGUGGCUUGGAAGACAUCAGGCAGGAUAGGAUAUCCCUGGAAGCAGAAUAA